AUGAAUUGCGCACUCCACUAUGUUAUAGAAAAUGCAAAGCCACAGAGAGUAGCUGCAAGAAUGUACGGAAUACCUCUUUCUACUUUAAGAGAUAGGCUAAAAACAGGAGAUUGCUCUAAAGUAAAUUUGGGAAGAAAACCUAUAUUUUCAAAAGAACAGGAAGAUAACACAGCUGAGCAUGUUCUUUUGCUAGCAAAGACAUUCUAUGAAAUAUCGUCGGUGGAGUUGAGGAGAUUAGUUUAUGAAUACGCCGAGGCAAAUAAUAUUCAGCAUAAUUUUAAUAAAAUAUCAAAAAGAGCAGGACAGGAUUGGCUUUCUGGGUUUCUUAGAAGAAAUCCAUCAGUCAGCAUUCGCAAACCUCAGGUUACCAGUCUCAAUCGGAUCUCAGCUUUUAAUUCAAGUGAAGUUAAGCUUUUUUUCUCGAAUCUCACCACUGUGAUGGACGUCCAUAAGUUCGAUGCCUCCAGAAUCUAUAAUUUUGAUGAGACAGGAAUAUCAACGGUUCAGAAGCCAGGAAAAAUUUUAGCACCCAAAGGAGCUAAACAAGUUGACUCAGCAACAAGCUGGGAGCGUGGGAAAAAUAUUACAGCGUGCUGUGCAGUGAGUGCCAGUGGGGUUUAUGUGCCUUCAAUGUUUAUUUUACCGAGGCUUAGGAUGACGCCUGCCCUACAGAGAGGAGGACCACCAAAUUCAAUAUACGAAUGUAGCAAGAAUGGUUGGAUGACUGAGGAGCCCUUCCCAAAGUGGCUGAAACAUUUUGCUAACUUUACAAAAGCCUCUAAGGACCACACCAUUCUCUUGAUUUUAGACAACCACACUAGCCAUGUCUCUCUAGAAGCCUACAACUUCUGUAAAGACAAUGGAAUAGUAGUGGUAACACUGCCGCCUCACUGCUCACACGGACUACAACCUUUAGAUGUGGCCUUUUUCAGUAGCCUGAAGGCUGCAUUUAAUCAAGAAUGUGACAAUUUUAUGAGGUCUAAUCCCCACCAGAAAAUAACUCCUUACGACAUUUGUCCUAUCUUUAGCAAAGCCUUCAUGAGGAUUGCUAAUAUUGAGAAGGGUAUCUCUGGCUUUAGCAAAACAGGAAUUUUCCCUCUAAAUCCUACCACAUUUAAUGACGAAGAUUUCAUGCAUGUGCACCCAGACGAAGAAAUAUGCCUAGCUUUACCAGUUUUGGGGAUUGCAGCGCUAAUAAUGAUGAAAGUAGUGACAUAG